AUGGAGGAGGAGUCAUCACUAGAGACCGGGCAUAUAGACACGGGGCCGGUUUCUGGUAUCCUGGAACAGGAAGAGGUGGUUCGUAAGGAGCGAAUGGUUGCAAGGUUGCGUGGUCUCCGGGCUGGUCUCCCAUCAGAUAGAACACUACGCUCCAUGUGUACGGAGCAGGACAGAGAGGAUUUAUGGAAUGCACUUUUGCGGGAUAAACCCGCCUUCAACCCUUGGUUUUUGGUGGGGGAUUUCAAUGUGAUCACAAAUAUAGAGGAAAAGAGGGGUGGAUUGCCAUUUAGACCGUCGGAGGGAUCAGACUUUCUGAAUUUUAUGGCGCUAGCCGGUGUCAGUGAUGCGGGAUUCUCUGGGUCAAGGUACACCUGGUGUAAUAAUCGUUUUGGAACGGCGCGGAUCUGGAAGCGUCUGGAUCGCUUACUGCUGUGUGGGCGUGCGUUGGAACUUCCGUACCAAUUCAUGGUGCAACAUUUAGGCCGUGACCCGUCGGAUCAUGCUCCCUUGUUGCUAUCGGUGGAUACGAGACUAGACAACAAACCCAGGCCGUUUCGUUUUUUAAACAUCUGGACCACUCAUCCUAGUUUGCUGGGGGUUAUCAAGGAUUGUUGGACUCAUCCAGUCAAUGGCUCUCCUUUGCAAGUAUUGGCCUCGAAGUUGAGAAAUGUUAAAAAUGCCCUCAAAAAAUGGUCUAGGACGACAUUCGGAGAUAUUUUUGAAGGGGCACGUAGUGCAGAGCAUGUGGUAACCGAGGCUGAGAUAGCAUACGACCUGGAUCCUACUGAGCAGCGACAGAGUGAGUUACAUCAUGCUCGGGCUCGGUUGCGCCGAGCGCUUGUAGUUCAAGAGGGUUUUUGGAGACAAAAGGCGCGGGUUAAGUGGCUUUCGAACGGAGAUAGGAACACCAAAUAUUUCCACUCCUUGGUUACAGAAAGGAGGCGUAGGGCAGUAAUUCAUCGAGUUAGAGGUACCGCUGGAGAGUGGAUUGAGGGGGAAUGCCAAAUUGGGGAGGCAGCGGUGGGUUUCUUUAAGGAGUUUUUCACGGCAGAGAGGGAUUUUCCCUCCCUUAUCGGUCUAGAGAUCAUAUCUAAAUUGAUAACGGACCAGGAAAACUCAUGA